AUGGAUUAUGACGGAGAGUUGGAUGCAGAAACUGAGGCCUUUGGUGCAGAAUUGGAGGACUUGUUACGUGUUGACCUAGGCAUCAAUAUGGUGUUCAUUCUGCCAGAAAAGUUCUGGGCCGUAGAGGGACAAAAAAGCACUCUGGACGGAGAUGUAUUUUCCCAAGAGAGUUUUGAAUGCAGGUUGGCAGAAGCAGAAGAGAUGCCAGAGCAGCAAGCAGGCAAUCCCAGGACAGAAGGAACUACCAACAAGCUGGCUGCAGAUCAGCUUUGUUUCUCCAAACCAACCAAAGAAAUGGCAAACCACCUCAGACCCUUGUUUAUAACAGCAAACUUUGGGGGUGGUCCUAUCCCCAAAAUUAUGGUAGAUGGAGGUGCAGCCAUCAACCUUCUGCCUCACAGAAUGCUGAGCAAAAUGGGCAGAACAGAAAGGGAUUUAAUUCCAACCCGCUUGACCGUCACCAAUUUCGCAGGGGGCAUCACCAAAACCCUUGGGAUCCUGGAUGUGGAUGUUUUAGUAGGAAGCAAGAAGCUGAAGGUUGCAUUCUUUGUGGUAAAUACUACUUCUACCACUUACAAUGCACUGCUUGGCAGAGACUGGAUUCAUCAGAGUCUAUGUGUUCCUUCCACUCUUCAUCAACAGUUAGCUUUAUGGAAUGAAGAAGGCUACAUGAAGAUAGUAGAGGCCGAUCCACGGCCGUUUCUACCUUCUGCCAUGUGUUGUGAGGCAAGGUACUAUCAUGAUGACCUUGGUCCUUUCACCUUUUUUGGAGUUAACCAGAACGGCCGCCCCCAUGGUGUCACGGCCCAGAGUCCUAAUCAACGAGAAAAGGAUCGAGCUGCAACAAUCCGGUCCAUUACAAAAAGAUUGUUGAUAUACUGGGAGGAAAGAAAGCUUUCUGCGCAGAAUCCAGCCAUCAAUAUAGCAGAAUUCACUCAUGAAAGCACGGAAGGCCAGGAGGAAGAGGAACUACAGGAGGAAGUGUUAGAUUUUGCACCAGAUGCACUGGAUGACUCUCUGCCAGAGGUGGAAGAUCCUUUGCAGGAAAUAAACUUAAGAACAGGGGAGGAUCCAAGGCCUACCUUUAUCAGCGCACUAUUGAAAGAACCACUUAAGAAUGAACUCAUUGCACUUCUACAAGAGUUCAAAGAUUGUUUUGCUUGGCAUUAUCAUGAGAUGCCAGGAUUAGAUAGGGAAUUGGUAGAACACAGGCUGCCAAUCAAAGAGGGAUACCUUCCAGUCAAACAGGCCAGAAGAAGGAUGUCCAUGGACACAGAACUAAAAGUCAAGGAAGAAAUAGAAAGGCUGCUCAAGGCAGGAUUCAUCAGGCCAGCCAUCUAUGCUGAUUGGCUAGCUAAUAUUGUACCAGUUCUAAAAAGAAAAACCGGGGCAGUCAGAAUCUGUGUGGAUUACAGAAAUCUGAAUGAGGCCUCUCCCAAGGAUGAGUACCCUAUGCCAAUGGCAGACAUGCUAGUAGAUGGAGCUGCCCACAACAAGAUGCUAUCUUUUAUGGAUGGCAACGCAGGUUACAAUCAGAUCAUGAUGGCAGAAGAAGACAUCCACAAGACAGCCUUUAUGUGUCCAGGACAUAUAGGUGCUUUUGAAUACAUUGUAAUGCCUUUUGGCUUGAGAAAUGCAGGGGCUACCUAUCAAAGGGCAAUGAAUUCUGUUUUCCAUGAUAUGAUAGGGCAUUCCUUGGAAGUUUAUAUUGAUGAGGUGGUGAUUAAAUUACCAGAGGAGGGAAACCACAUGACAAAUCUAAGAAGAGCAUUCCUAAGAAUGAGGCAAAAUAAACUGAAAAUGAACCCAAAGAAGUGCGUUUUUGGAGUUCAAGCGGGAAAUUUCCUAGGAUUCUUGGUCCACCAAAGAGGCAUAGAGAUCGACAAAAACAAAGCAAAAUCCAUCAUAGAAGCUUUGCCGCCUAGGAACAAGAAAGAAUUGCAAAGUCUCUUAGGAAAAAUUAAUUUUUUAAGGAGAUUUAUAUCCAAUUCUGCAGGAAAGAUCCAACCUUUCUCUUCUUUGUUAAGAUUGAAACAGGAACAAACCUUUAAGUGGGAAGAACAACACCAACAAGCUUUUGAGGAAAUCAAGCAUUACCUCUCAAAUCCACCAGUUCUGUCCCCACCAAAGAGAGGCAGACCACUUAAACUCUAUAUAUAUGCAUCAGAAAUAUCCAUUGGAAGUUUAUUGGUUCAGGAUAACAAGGAAGGGAAGGAACAUGCAGUCUACUACCUGAGCAGAACUCUAACAGAGGUGGAAAGAAAAUAUUCUGCAAUUGAAAGACUUUGCCUAGCCUUGUACUUCACUGCUGUGAAGCUUAGACAUUACAUGCUGCCAUACACCAUCUAUAUCAUUGCCAAAACAGAUCUGAUCAAAUACAUGCUAACAAGACCAAUGCUGAGAGGCAGAAUUGGAAAAUGGACCUUGGCCUUGACAGAAUUUGCCUUCAGAUAUGUUCCUCAGAAAGCCGUCAAAGGACAAGGUGUGGCAGACUUCCUAGCAGAUCAUCUCGGGGAGGAGAUUGAAAAUAUGGACUCUUUAGACAUAGCAAAUGCAGAUCUAUUAACCAGAGCUCACACCUCCCUCAACAAUCCUAUCUAUUCAGUUCAUCUUGCACCUUGGAAGUUAUACUUUGAUGGAUAA